AUGUCUGAACAAAUUGCAGAUAAAGUUGAACAGUUAUCCUUACAAAAGGAUGCUGCUGCUGCACCAGAUGCCGCCGCUGCCAAGCAACAACAACCAAAACAAAAACAAAAUAAAAAGGAUAAGAAAGCUGCUGCUCCAUCUAAAAAUCCUUUAUUUUUAGACCCUCAACCAACCUUUAUUGAUGAUCGUGUAAAAUUAUUCGAAGAAUUAAAAGCAAAAUACGAUGAAGAAAUUGCCAAAAAGGAAAGAAAGCCAAUUAAAAUCACUUUGAAAGAUGGUUCAAUCAAAGAAGGUAUUGCUUAUGAAACUUCUCCAAUGGAUAUUGCCACUUCAAUUGGUAAAUCAUUUGCUGAAAGACAAGUUAUUUCUAAAGUCAAUGGUCAAUUAUGGGAUUUACCAAGAGCUUUAGAAGAUGAUGUUCAAUUAGAAUUCUUAGAUUUUGAACAUCCAGAAGGUAAAGCUGUUUUCUGGCAUUCAUCAGCUCAUAUUUUAGGUGAAGCCUGUGAAUGUCAUUAUGGUUGUCAUUUAUCUCAUGGUCCACCAACUGAAGAUGGUUUCUUCUAUGAUAUGUCCAUUAAUGAUGGGGAAACUGCUGUUUCUCAAGCUGAUUUCUCUAAUUUAGAACAAGUUGCUACUAAAGCAAUUAAAGAAAAACAAAAGUUUGAAAGAUUAGAAAUGACCAAAGAAGAUUUGUUAAAAAUGUUCAAUUAUAAUAAAUAUAAAGUUAAAUUCAUUAGUGACAAGAUUCCAGAUGGUACCUCUACCACUGUUUACAGAUGUGGUCCAUUAAUUGAUUUAUGUGUGGGUCCACAUAUCCCUCAUUCAGGUAGAAUUAAAGCUUUCAAAGUUUUAAAGAAUUCUUCAUCUUAUUUCUUGGGUGAUGCUACUAAUGAUUCUUUACAAAGAGUUUAUGGUAUUUCUUUCCCUGAUAAAAAACUUAUGACUGAACAUUUGAAAUUCUUAGCUGAAGCUGCUGAAAGAGAUCAUAGAAAAAUUGGUAGAGAACAAGAAUUAUUCAUCUUUAAUGAAAUGUCUCCAGGUUCUGCUAUGUGGUUACCUCAUGGUGCUAGAAUCUACAAUACUUUAGUUGAUACUUUAAGAACUGAAUAUCGUUUGAGAGGUUAUGAAGAAGUCAUUACUCCAAAUAUGUAUUCUACUAAAUUAUGGGAAACUUCUGGUCAUUGGCAAAAUUAUAAAGAAAAUAUGUUUGCUUUUGAAGUUGAAAAGGAAACUUUUGGUUUAAAACCAAUGAAUUGUCCUGGUCAUUGUAUUCUUUUCAAAUCUCGUGAAAGAUCUUAUCGUGAACUUCCUUGGCGUGUUGCUGAUUUUGGUGUGAUUCAUAGAAAUGAAUUCUCAGGAGCCCUUUCUGGUUUAACUAGAGUUCGUCGUUUCCAACAAGAUGAUGCUCAUAUCUUUUGUACUUCUGAUCAAAUUGGUACUGAAAUUGCUGGUGUUUUUGAUUUCUUAAAGAAAGUUUAUGGAAUUUUUGGAUUUGAUUUUAAAAUGGAAUUAUCUACCAGACCAGAAAAAUUCGUAGGUGAUAUUGAAACUUGGAAUUCUGCUGAAGCUAAAUUAGAAGGUGCUUUGAAUGAAUUCUUGGGUAAAGGUAAAUGGGAAUUAAACCCAGGAGAUGGUGCUUUCUAUGGACCAAAGAUUGAUAUUAUGAUUAGUGAUGCCUUAAAGAGAUGGUUCCAAUGUGCUACUAUUCAAUUAGAUUUCCAAUUACCUUCUCGUUUUGAAUUAGAAUAUAAAUCAGAAAAGAGUUCUACUGAUAGACCAGUUAUGAUUCAUAGAGCUAUUUUAGGUUCAGUUGAAAGAAUGACUGCUAUCUUGACUGAACAUUAUAAAGGUAAAUGGCCAUUCUGGUUAUCUCCAAGACAAAUCUUGAUUGUACCAGUUGGACCAAAAUAUUUUGAAUAUGCUCAAAAACUUCAAAAGAGAUUAAAUGAUGAACAUUUCUUUUAUGCUGAUGCUGAUGUUUCUGGUAAUACUUUACCUAAAAAAGUUAGAACUGGUCAAAUGUAUAAAUAUAACUUUAUUUUCAUUGUUGGUGAAGAUGAAGAAAGUAGUGAAAGUGUUAAUGUUAGAAAUAGAGAUAUUACUGAAGAACAAGGUAAGAAUGCUAUGAUUAAAUUUGAUGAUGUUGUUAAACAAUUGCUUAAAUUAAGAGAUGAAAAGAGAAGUGAUAAUAAAUUGAUUUAG